ACGUCUUCUACCUACCAAUCGCACUUGGCACUUGUGUAGCGUGUAAUGAUUUUUCAUUCUCAAUGUAUUAAAAAUUAACCAUGGGUGGCCAAAAAUUUGAAUAUGAUGAAAGUGGAUCUACAUUCUUUUACUUUGUUCUUUCUUUCCUUGCUCUAAUACUUGUACCUGCAACAUUUUAUUACUGGCCAAGAAAAAGGAAAGAAGAUCCAGCGAAACGUGCGGAACUAUGUCAGUGUCCAAAUUGUGUAAACAAACAGAUCAUAAUAGAACAAUCACAACCUUACAAGGGUGUGAAAAACUUCUUUAUAAAAUUAGCAAUAAUAUCAGGAUGGGUACUACUUGGAUUCUUGGCCUACAAAGUAUCACAAUUUGACUAUGAAAUGUCUAACUUUGACCCUUAUGAUAUAUUGGGCUUGCCACCCGGCGCUACCCAAGCUGAAAUAAAGAAAUCAUACCGCAAACAAUCCCUCAUUUUACAUCCUGACAAAGAGACUGGUGACGAAAAAGCCUUCAUGAGGCUUACAAAAGCUUAUCAGGCACUAACAGAUGACGAGGCUCGUCGUAACUGGGAGAAGUAUGGCAAUCCUGAUGGCCCUGGAGCCAUGAGCUUUGGUAUUGCUCUGCCCAGCUGGAUUGUAGAGAAAGAGAACAGUGUGUGGGUGCUGGGACUCUAUGCUUUAGUGUUUAUGGUUGCACUGCCAACCGCUGUUGGUACGUGGUGGUACCGGUCAAUACGCUUUUCAGGCGAACAAGUGUUGCUAGAUACAACUCAGAUGUAUUUCUACUUCUGUCACAAAACUCCAUCUAUGCCACUGAAGAGAGCUCUCAUGAUACUUGCGGCGUCAUGCGAGUUUGAUAAACGGCACAAUUCUGAGAUUAUUGAGAGAAUUACUGAUAAUGAAGAAGUUCCUAUGCUACUCCGCGAGCUACCGAAUUUAGGCGAGAAGAACAAGGAGCAGCCUCUCUGCCGGCCCUACAGCAUCAAGGCGCGGGCGCUGCUGCACGCGCACCUCACGCGCAUGCGCCUGCCGCCCGACACGCUCGAGUGCGACCGACGGUACAUCGUGUCACGCUGUCCUGAUCUUAUUGUGGAGAUGGUUAACUGUGUUAAUCAGCUCAUUGCUUUGGCUUAUGCGAGGAGAAUACCCCGGCUGCCUACUAUAGAAACAAUAGAAAAUUGUAUGAAGCUCUCUCCAAUGAUCGUCCAAGGCCUAUGGGAGUACAAAUCUCCCCUACUACAACUGCCGUACAUUACUGAGGACCAUUUGAAGUACUUCACAAAUCGCAAGAAGCAUAUCAAGUCUUUGCUUCAGUUGGCACAGCUGCCCGGUGAAGAGAGGAGACAGGUGCUCAGGUUUUUGAACGAUAAGCAGUAUGAUGACCUCAUGAAAGUGCUAGGCAACAUGCCUUAUAUACAUUUCCAAGUAAACACUGAAGUAAUUGACGACGAGAACUCGACGGUGGUGACGGCAGGAGCGAUAGUAACAGUCACAGUAUUCCUUAGACGUACCAACAUGAGAGAACUCUUUGGAGACACAACUAUUAAAGAAAAGGAAAUCAUUAAGGAAGACGAAGACGGCGUUGUUGGUGAAAAUGGAGAGAAAACAGAAAAUGACAAGAAUGAUAAGGACAAAAAGGAGACAUUCAAGCGGCCCGUCUGGAUGAAACAGGCCAAAAAACACCCGCAGUCGAAGAAAUCUAAAAAGCCUGUUGCUGCGAAGGCUCAGGCUAAGCCAGCAGCCCCCGCUACACCCACCCCGCCACCCCCUAGCGAAACCAAGAAAACUAAAGAACCAAAGAAGAAAGAUGAAGAAGGUGACGAGUCAGAAGUGGGUAGCUCUGAUGAGUCGGGUUCGCAUAGCGAUGCGUCGGAGGACGAGUCUCGCGACAAGUCGUCGGCGGCCGAUGAUGACGACGACCAGUGGGAGAAGUUCCAGAAGAGAAUACAGAAGCGCGAGCGACUAGAGGGACGGUCCAAGAGCUCGCAUCCUGUACAUUGUCCGUAUUUCCCUCAGGAGAAGCAAGAGUACUGGUGGUGCUACAUCUGCGACCGCAAGUCGCACACGCUGCUGACGGCGCCGGCGCACGUCACCGCGCUGGUGGACUCGCACGAGUUACAGCUGAGGUUCACUGCGCCGCGCUGGCCCGGUCUUUAUACGCUCGCUUGCUGUCUUAGAUCAGACUCGUACAUCGGCAUGGAUCAGCAGCAAGACAUGAAGUUAGACGUGAAGGAGGCGGCCGCCGUGCCCGCCGAGCACCCGCAGUGGGACCUUAGCGACUCCGACACUGAUAACAAUGAUCAGGGAGCUAACGAAAGUGAAUUUACAACAGAUGACGAGGUGGAAGAGGAGUAGUCGAAGAUUAACUUAACUAAGUUAUUUUUAUAGAGUUUAUUAAUGAAUUAAUGAGGUGUUUGCGGAUAGGUUGUUGUAUGGUCUGAGAGCGAAUGAAUAUAAUGUUUUAUAUCCAAAUA